GAGAUGGAAUUGAAAGGAUUCAACCCAAAGAAGCUUGACCUCAUUCGGGCGCUCAUCUACGCGAUCGAACACGAGCCUCGUCAGAGGUUCAUGAUCCAUGGUAAAGGUCAAGACGUGGACAGUGACCACGGAGCGAUUGCGAGACAGAUGAUGCGCGUACACCAGCAGUUCGCGCAUCAUCGCUUUGGAAUGUCCCAAAGACAGCCAAGCACCGGUCUCGGUCCAGCCAUGCACCCCGGAGCUACGGCUUAUGGAAGCAAGGAUGUGGGUUACUGCAGCGUGUCGACCCACAUUAUGUACACAGAUGAUCGUGCUGGCUGCCUAGCGUGUCGAGUCCUGAAGGCCGCCCGACGUUUCGGCUGCGAGGACCGUCUCGCAUCGCUAUUGGCUCGACCCAAGAUUGGGGAUUGCUUCUCGCGUGAAGGCGGAGCUGGGGGUGGCGUGACUCGAACUAACUGACUUUACAGAUAAAAAAUCAUGUUACAAUAUAUAAUGCAGCUUUGAAUAUCAGCAGUAUAGUAAACUGCUUAUUACUACCUGUAACAGAAUAUAACUAAGGGGGAAUGGCAGGGAAAAGGUAAGGGUCUACUCUGACACAGAAAGGCAUUUACCUGCUUAUACUAUACAGGUGCAAUAAGAUGAUGAUGCAAGUUGUAGCAGUACUGGAAUAUUGAGUUGAGCCUCGAUAGAAACGAUAACUACCAGUGUUCUGAUUUAUUCAAGUCAGUCAUCAAAUUACCCUCAUAAGGUGCUGAAUUAAUGUCAUGUUUUAAAAUGAAAACGUAGAA